AUGGCCUGGUGGAACGAGGAUGAAUAUCCAGACUUGGUGCUGGCUCAUGCUUGUCAAGUCGAUAUUUUUCUUGGAAGUGCUGAUGGCUCCCUACACUUGGCAUACUCUCACUACUUUGAUGGAGGAGCAUGCAGUCUUGUUCCGACUGUUUGGGACUGGGACAGUGAUGGUAAGCCUGAGCUGAUCGUCGGAGACGAGCAGGGCAAGCUCCACUUAUGCAAAUCAAUGAUAUCCAGGAGACCAUCCAGGGAGCGGUUGCAAUGCUCCAAGGAGGAGUUCAAAAUUCUGGGCGUGGGAAGUGAUGCUUCACCAGCUGCGUGUGAUUGGGACAAGGAUGGCGUUCCAGAUUUGAUGGUCUAUGGUAGAAGCGAGUUGCUGGUGGAGCCUCACUGGUUUCGACGCAAUGAGUCAGGUGUGGCUUUGAUGAACCCUGCGCAUCCAUUGGACGGCUUUGACCUGGGGGCAAAUGCUGUGCCUACCUUGGUGGAUUGGGACCUUGAUGGGGAUUUGGAUCUCAUUGUUGGCAGUGACGAUGGCAGAGUGUGGUACUUUCCUUGGCACAAUGGAAGCUUUCAUUCGAUGAAUGGUUGGGAUGGUCCUUUUGUGCAAAUAGAUGUUGGGUCCAAGGCCGCGCCUGCAACUGUUGACUGGGAUUUGGAUGGCUAUCCAGAUUUGGUGGUCGGCAAUGGAAAGGGGAGCUUGGCCUUCUUUCGUGGAGGGCCGGGCAAAAUUUAUCCUGCAGGUGUGGAAGAGAACCCAUUCUACUUCAUUCAGACUGGGUUGCAAGUCGCCCCAGCCUUUGCCGACAUGGAUGGAGACGAUGACUUUGAUUUGGUGUUUUCAAGCGGACAGUUUGACAACGCCGGCACCUUCUACUUCGCUAACCACAAUGGAGAAUUGGUCCCUGAACCAUCCCCAAUUCAGCAUGUGGACCUCUCCCCUUUGGCUGGCUAUGUCCAGGUCCCUACGUGUUUGCAAUUGGUUGAUUUCGACGGGGAUGGAGAUUUGGAUUUGCUGACCGGGAGCAGCUAUGACGCGACUGCAUGGUUUCUGGAACAAUUUGAAGAUGGCACCUUCUAUCACGCACAGGGGGCGAGCAAUCCUUUUGCUGCAGGAAUGAUAGGUCUUUCACCCUGCCCCGCUUUGGGUGACAUCGAAUUCGAUGGAGUGGGAGACCUCGUGGUGGGCAAUGGGCAAGGCAUGCUUCUGAUGUUUCAGCACCAACCUAUGCAACAUCUCGGCCUGGGAACCAAAAUGGAGGACCUUGGGCAAAAAUCGAGCCUCCAACUGUUGUAG